UUGCCUUUUGUGAAUUGUAUCACAGGAUCUGAUAAGGUGACUCUUCGUUUGGAUACCCGCGUUGGACUCUGGCAACGUUUACCCGAUCCUGAAUUCGCACAUGCUUUUCUUCCAAUCGUUCCAAUUUCUGGCCAGAUAUAUGCUGCUGGAGGAGGCGUAGUGCAAUUAGAACGAUUCGACCCGGCUUCUAACUCUUGGACUACUCUGGCUGCAAUGAAAGAGGAGUAA